AUGUGUAAUAUCGACGGCACGCGUGACGGCAUCUGCGCGGGCAAAUCCUCGAUAGCUUCGUACCUCGUUGAAGAGCACGGCUUCACGCGUAUCCGCCUAGCACGUACGGCAGCAACGCCAGCGGUCGAGAAGUCGGCUUCUGAUGCACACGUGCCUUCAUCGGGGGGUCGCAUAGACGAGCAGCAUAUCUUUUCGGACGUCGACACGCUACUUGACUUUGUCACGUUGAGAUGGAAAGAGCGGUGGGUGACAACAGACAUCUGGGGCCACGACACUGUCGAUGCCUUGCUUCGAAGACCCUUCUUCCUCCUAGUGAGCGUCGACGCGCCGGUCAGUGUACGGUGGAAGCGAUUUACGGACCGAUGUGCUGCAAAUCAGCUCACACCGCCAACGCUGGAAGAAUUUGUCCUUCGCAACGACACGCACCUCUUUGCUCAAGGCACGGGGCUCAGUGCGCUAUUUCAGAGAGCCCAACUGAAGCUGCUCAACUCCACAGCAACCAUCUCGUCACUCCGCGAUGCUAUACGUUCGCUCGACCUUACGAAUGAAUCACGACUACGACCCAGCUGGGACCAAUAUUUCAUGCAGCUGGCAGACUUGGCGGCACACAGGAGCAACUGCAUGAAGAGAAGAGUGGGUUGCGUCAUAGUGCGGGAGAAGAGGGUGGUCAGUACGGGAUAUAACGGAACACCCCGGGGCAUGACGAACUGCAACGAAGGCGGAUGUCCCCGCUGCAACAAUGCCGCAAAGGGAGGUACGGGCCUCAACACGUGUCUAUGCUUGCACGCGGAAGAAAACGCACUGCUUGAAGCGGGUCGCGAUCGAAUCGGUGGCAGCGCCACACUCUAUUGCAACACCUGCCCUUGCUUGACCUGUAGUGUAAAGAUCACCCAAGUCGGCAUUAGCGAAGUCGUUUACAACCAAGGAUACAUGGUCGACACCAUGACUGCAAAGAUCUUCGCUGAAAGCGGCGUUCGUUUACGGCAGUUCUCUCCACCUACCGAUGGCUUGGUAGACCUGUCAAUUGGUGUGCCAUCGGAUAGGAAUAAAGGGCACGAAACAGAAGAUAUUCGGGAAGUGCUAAAUGAUGACAGCUUCUUACGGCCGAUCUGA